AUGGACACGACGGGUGCUGCGCCGCCGAAUGCGCGCGCCAUGGGCAUUGCGGGCGGCACACCACCUGCAAAGGACAGUACACAGCUGACACCAAAAGAAGUCUUCUUUUCCCUGUGCGGUGGCUUUGCGGGGUCCAUGUUUUGUAUCCCGAUGGGCAUUGCGUUCAGCCGCAACGUGUUGCGGCAGGUAGAGGACCCAAAUCAUCUCGCACGUGUCCUGCAGCACAAGAUGGAGGACAGGCGCCGCGACGGUGCUCCUCCGUUGACGCCGCCGAAAGGGGCCGACGAAAACACCGACUUGUUUGCGGAUCCUGUGUCCCAGCGGCCAGAACCAUCCUUUGCGAAUCCGACGCCCGCGAGCAGCACAGACUGGUCCACUGCGCCGAAGUAUGCACAGCAGCCUACCGGCACAGGCACAGGCACAGGCACAGGAUCGCGCUGGGACGAGCUGCGCAAGGACAACACAGGCAACCCCAGUGUCUGGGAACAGAUCCGACAGGAUCGAGCAAAAGCCGAGUUGGGCACGAGCGCAGAUGUACCCAAGCCGCGCACGCCUUCGUCGCAGAGCCGCAAACCCAGCGCGACGUCCAACCCGGAACGAAACACGGACUAUGACAGGGCCGUGCGGGAAUACAGAGAAGCGUUUGAGCGAGAACGCCUUGGUAUUGACGUCACGUCGGGCUUUGCCCCGCCGUCCGACACGCUAAAAUUAUAG